GUGAAUGCGAUCGGAGAAAUCUCUCGAAGAACAGGCACUAAUAACGACAGCUAUGAAUUGUAUGUAUAUACUAGCCCUUAUUCUGUGUUUGGUUACCACGUCGCAGGUGUAUGGAGGGUCACUUGACAGGCGCGUGGCUUGCACCACGUGUCCACCUGUUUAUUCUGUUCUUGGAGUCACAUUGGGGAAUACCGCGACCACAAUGAGACCCCAGUGUUUCAACAUUGCAUCCCCAUGUACAGAAAGCCCUUGCCAGGCGGACAAUGCCCAGUGCAUCACCGGUUGUAUGUGUACAGCUAUCUGUGUAUAUAGUACACAACUUCUGCCCUGGAACUCUGCUCCAGAUGGGCUUCUGUGUCGGUAUCCAUACUGAAAAGUUAUGGAAGGAACGAGUGUAUGCCAUUACCGCCAAGAUACACCAUGCACUGUAUUAAGACAUAUCCGGUUUGAUUCAUUGGCUGUUUGCAAACUACUUCAUGUAUUUAAGCGCCUGCUGAUGCCUUACGAAAAUUCUUUCACAUGAAUAGUAUUAGUUUGAAUCAGAUUAAACUUCCUCUGAGUUGACUAAGACCUUGUGGUAUCUCUUGGUUUUAGAGGGGUUUU